UUUCCUCCUACCGCGCUCGACUUCUGUUGUUACCCCUAUCUGUCCGCUCUUAGCCAUCAUGAACAAGACAUAUCCUUGCCAAAAAGCAGAUGAAAGUCAUCGACGUGGGCCAGAUUCGAACUGACGAUCCCAAAGGAACAAGAUUUCAAGUCUUGCGCGAUAACCACUCCGCCACCACGCCGUCGCUAUGCUAUCGGACGCUUUCCUCCAGUGCUAAUACAUAUAUCCAUGCCCCCAGGUUGCGAGAUGACUCAGUUUGUGGUUGUCAAAGCGGUGUGGAAGGUUGGAAACGAAGAGGUGGUACAAGACGGGUAGGCGCAGUGUUGGGUGGCAGCGUGCAUGCCUGACGCUACGUGGUUGACAAUGCGGUACACGUUAAAGGGGCUGUGGAUGUUGUGUUCAAAGGAUUUGUGGACGGGAGGUUACAUGGGUGGAUUUGCA